AUGAUAGCAGCAGCUCUUCAAAUAGUUCUGAAACAAAAUCUGAAGCACCAACGUCUGGCAAAUCAAAUGAAAUCGGUAUUCUUACACUUCCUACAUUUGAACCUGCCCGUUUGCCAAUUGGCCGUCAAAAAAGACAUGCUGCGCAACAUCAACAUGGAUACCAACGCCAGGGAACUCAUCAACAACACGCAUCCCAACGCCAGGGAACUCAUCAACAACACGCAUCCCAACGCCAGGGAACACAUCAACAACACGCAUCCCAACGCCAGGGAACUCACCAACAAAAUGGAUUGCAACGCCAGGGAACUCAUCAACAACAUGGAUCCCAACGCCAGGGAACCCAUCAACAACACGGAUCCCACCGCCAGGGAACUCAUCAACAACAAGGAUCCCAACGCCAGGGAACGCAUCAACAACACGCAUCCCAACGCCAGGGAACGCAUCAAAAACACGCAUCCCAACGCCAGGGAACUCAUCAACAACACGCAUCCCAACGCCAGGGAACUCACCAACAAAAUGGAUCACAACGCCAGGGAACUCAUCAACAACAUGGAUCCCAACGCCAGAAAACUCAUCGACAACAAACAUCUCAACACCACGGAAGUGGCCAAAAACAAAAAUCUCAACAUCACGGAGCUGGUCAACAACACGGAUCACAACAUCAGAGAGCAGGUCAACAUCACGGAUCCCAACACCAAAAAGCUCGUCAACAACACGGAUCACAACAUCAUGAAGUUCGGAAACAGCACGGAUCUCAUCAUGAAGUUCGUAAACAGCACGGAUCUCAUCAUGAAGUUCGGAAACAGCACGGAUCUCAUCAUGAAAUUCGGAAACAACCCGGAACCCAACAUCAAGCUCGACCACAAAAAGGAAAAAAACCUGAAAAAACUUUCUUUUACAGACCUGUUUACGGAUAUAAUUCCUAUUACGGUGGUGGUCAAAUUUCAGGUCAACAGGGUGGACGUGGUGUAA